UUUUCGGAGAUAGAUGCGUUGACGCCCCAAAAAGGACACAUACAACAGCCUCCAUAUCAGGCCUCCUUCACCGCCUUUUUUUUCCGAAACAGGCUAACACCAUGCCCAGAGAGGCAAUACGAACCCCGUUCCACCCGAGGAGGAGCACGACUUCUGACAACCAGCUCGCGGAAUUCAUUGCUGGCCCGAUCACCGGCAUAACGACCGAGGUACCCGGCAUAGGGCUCGUCACCAUGGAGACGCUGGCCAGGGGAGACGAGCCCAUCAACAGAACGCAUCAGCUGUUCGGUAUAUUUCUGGCCCUUUCCCCUGAUGAGCCGGACUGCGCGGAGCAUUGCAACAGGUUUAAGUAUUGGCUCCAAGACAAGAACGUCGGCCCUCGGUUUCUGGACGAAAUUGUCGAGGCGAUUGCCGAGAAGACUCAAACUUGGAUCCCUGGAGUGUUCAGCGCUGACGCCUUCCCUGAGGAGGUGUAAACAGACGGCGGCUAAGGCCAAUUUAAGCGUUGCGAAGACGGGCAACAGCAAACCCAACACUCGUGCACGAGCAUUGUUUAACCGAAUGUACCAUCGUGCACGUGGGGAUAAGAGGCCGGGUCGUGCUCGUACCGAGGUAGAUGUUGUCCGGUGAAAAAUCGAUACGAAUCAGGAAGAGUCCACAACCUGACAUUCUACUACCUUAAUUUAUGGCGGGAGUUUGUCCCUACGUUUUUCCUAGCAUUGUGCGGACUGCAGUACUUUGGUAACGCAUGUAUUCUACUGAGUAUAAUUUGGGGGGGGUGUAGUGGGUCUUGGUCCCGGAAGACUGUACGUGAGGAAGAUCAAGUCGGAGACACGUCUCCCUUCUUAAUUGUUGGCGUGCUGACGCCUAACCCUACUUUGAAUGAAUUGUUGAUGAAAAUAGAGGUAAGACUGUGACGAGCAGAUGUGGAAGCGAAGUAGGAUGAGGUCGAGGUGGAGAUUCGGCGGGUAUCCCGAGCUCUUUUCAUGAUCUCGAAGACGGCCGAGACCAUUGGUGUCAAAGAGGGACGAUGAGGGCACGUCCAUGUAGUCAUUAGACCAUU